CAAACGACACGUAACUAUACUACGUCCAAACCACACUUUCUUCUUCUUCUUCAAAGCUCCGAUCCCUCAAAAUGUUGUCUUCAAUGGAGAACCAUAUCAAACACAAGAUCACUCGAAUCUUUCGAUCCUCCUUCGGCUCAUGCAAGACCAAGAACAUCACCGACGUCAUUGACGACAAGCCUGUUUUUCAUCCUCAGAAUCCCCAGUUGUUCUCCGACCUUUUCCCUCCAAAACCUCGCCCUUUUCCUUCCAUUUGCCGCCCCAAACUCCCCGCCGCCGCAGAGGUUGAUCAUCGCAUUUUGUUCCCAAGAGCCAAAAUCUCCGACCAAAGCUCCCCUCUUUUCCCGCCGGCUAGCGCUGCCUCUCCCAGUAAGCACAAAAUAGCUCCCCGGAAGAAGAAGAAGAAGAAAACGACACGCGCCCACAUCAGACGGUUGGACUUCGACGACUUCCACGCUUUCGGAUACAAAGGUUUGUUCAGCAGCGACGAGGAAACGGAAGAUGAAGACGACGAAGACGACGAUAGGGCCACUCUUUUCUCGUCAGUGUCGUUCUCAUUCUCGUCCGACUCUUCCGAGACGUUCCGGCGGCGGAGGGCGGAGCGGAUCAGGCGGCGGCGACGGAGGGCGGCGCGGAAGAGAAGAGGCGCGGAGGAGGGGAUGAAGGACAGCUUGGCGGUGGUGAAGCGGUCUCGAGACCCGUGCGCAGAUUUCAGGGCAUCAAUGUUGGAGAUGAUAAUGGAGAAACAGAUAUUCGGAGCCAAGGAUUUGGAGAAGCUUUUGGACUGUUUUCUCUCUUUAAACUCACAUCAUCAUCAUGGGGUCAUCAUUCAGGUCUUCACUGAGAUUUGUGAAGCUUUGUUCUCUAAUUACUGCCCCUGAAAAAACCCAAAAAAAAAAAAAAAAAAAAAAAAAAAAAAAAAAAAAAAAAAAAAAACAAGAAAACAUAGCUUGUUUUCUUGUGCUUAUUAAUUAAUGUUGUUGUGAUGCUACUAGGUAUCAAGAAAAGAAAAAGGAAAAAAGAGUAGCAGUGUAGUCUUGACUUUUUUUCUUUUUCUUUUUGACCAUGUAUCUUCAUUAAUGUAUUGUAUCUUUAUCUCUUGUCUUCAACUAGACUGUAUCUAAGCAGCCAAGUAUUUACUUUAAUCCUAGAUUGCUCAUCAGUCAAAUUUCU